AUGGAUGACCGGUUUAAGUCUGGUGGAAGGUCACCUUUGACGUUCCAACAGAUUGCUGAUCGUCUUCUGGAUGUUAAUGGUAACUCGGUGCAGCCAAAACGUGGGAUUAACAUUAUUGAUGAACUCACAAAGGUUUCUCGUCCCGUUCAAGUGCUUAAUCUGGAGUCAUCAACAGCUGAGGAAUUGGCUAAGGAUUCGGGGCACACCAAGGAUGGAUAUUUACGGUCAAGCUCUAGCAGUACUUAUAUGCCUCCAAAUUCUGAUCAUGUUGCUGAAUCGGAUGGGUUAGAGAACUUAAGACCGUCCGGGAUGUCUAGUAAUAGUGGUAACAACUCAAAACCGAUGUCAUAUGUAGAAUCGGUUUUAGCAGCCAAACCUGUUAAGGUUAAUUUCAGAUCUCUUGCUAGCACUGGUACGUAUGAGGGUUGUGAUGUGGUUCUACCUCGUGAUUCGAUUAGAGCAGUGCAAGAAAAAUUAGCGAACACUCUGUACGGUUACUUCCUAGGUGACAGAGUUGCAUAUCCGGUUGUGGACUAUUUUGUGAAGAACCAGUGGAAGAGGUUUGGAUUACAGAAAUCAAUGAUGAAUGCUAAUGGGUUCUUUUUCUUUAAGUUUGCUGAUGAAGCUGGUAUGUUGAAUGUUCUUAAAGAAGGCCCUUGGAUUAUCCGGUCACAGCCUUUGUUUUUGCAUAUUUGGUCUCCUACUUCUAAGUUAGAAAAGAAGGAGGUAAAGAAGUUGCAAGUGUGGGUUAAAAUCCAUGAUGUUCCGCUUGCUGCGUAUACGGAGGAUGGAUUGAGUAUGAUUGCUACGGCUAUUGGUGAGCCUAAGAUGUUGGACACGUAUACUUCAUCUAUGUGCAUAGAUAAUUGGGGGAGGAGUAGCUACGCGAGAGCGUUAGUAGAAAUUUCAGCUGAAAAUGGGUUUAAGGAGGAGAUAGUUAUGGCAGUUCCAGAGUUGGAGGGGGAAGGCUUUAGUAAAGUGGUUUUGUCGGUUGAAUAUGAAUGGAGUCCUCUUAGGUGUGCUCAUUGUAAGGUGUUUGGUCAUUCUGAUGAUUCCUGCCCGAGUCAGCCUAGGAGGGCUCCUAAGGGGCCGAUCACUGGUCAGAACAAACAAGAGGGAAGCAAUUCCCGGAAGCAAGUGAAACAGCCGGCUGUAGACAAAGAGGGGUUUACGGAUGUGGAGCGCAAAAAAGCGGCUUGGAAAUCAGGGUUUCCUGUUAAUAAGCAGAAGCAGAAAUUCGAAUAUCGGCCGAUUGGAUCCAAGCCGCAGGGUGGGGCUACUACCUCAGGUCCGCCACCUAGUGUCAAAACGCACAAUCCGUUUGAUGUUCUAUCGGAUACGGGUAAGAAUGUGGGUAAAAAUGGUGAAGCUCAGCAUGACCAGCAGGAUUCGGAGGAGGAGGAGGCUCUAAAAUGA